AUGCUAACCGUCCAACAACAACAGCAGCAGGACAUGCAACGCGCCAUGCAGCAGCAACACCAUUACCACCAUUCACACCCCCAUUAUGCCCAUCAUACGCACGAUCAUCAACGUCAUCAGUACCAACCGCUGCAUCAUUUGCAGCACCAACAAUAUUUGAGUGUCCACGCAGCGCAACAGCACCGGCUUUCGCAAGUACAGUGCCACAAGCAACAACAACAGCAGCCGGUGCAAGCGCUACUGCUACAUCAUCAUUCCCAUCCGCACUCGCACUCGCAGUCCCACUCCCACCUGCACGAACACCCGCAACAGCAUCAUCAGGAGCAGCAACAAAACCAACAACACCAGUAUCACUAG